CACCCUCCUCCCACACCCCACCUUCGCUCCCUUUCUCUCCUCCUGGAAUGGGAAGUCGGAAACCCUAGUCGAAAACUCGCGUACCUUCGGCCCUUCGUCCGCUAUGUCUAGCAACAUCUACAACUACCGCACCAUCUACGGAGGAGGCGGACGUGACGCCUCCUCCCUCUACUCCUACCGUGACUCCCCGCGCCUGCCCAGCGUCGACCCCUUCGCCGACUCCGACACGGAAUCCUUGUACGCCGACCGUGUGCCCUCGGCCUACACGAAGCAGGUGAUCGGGGCCUCGAGUAGGUACACGGCGGCCGCGGUGGCCAUGUCGACGCCCUCGCUGUACGGGAGCUCGGCCUUCGAUCCUUCGUUGCUCGGUGGACCCAAGCGUUCCGUGGAAGCACUCUACCAUCAGACAGUUCUUGGAAGUCAUAACAGUAUUGGGCAAACUGAGGCCUUAUUUUCUACAAAUUCUUUGAUCAAACGCCCUAGACUUGAAACCGGAAGCAAUCUUCCAAUCUAUCCUCAGCGACCAGGAGAAAAGGAUUGUGCUUACUAUAUGAUGACAAGAACCUGUAAAUAUGGUGAUACCUGCAAGUUCGAUCAUCCUCUUUGGGUUCCUGAGGGUGGAAUACCGGAUUGGAAAGAGAUUCCACUUAUCCCCACUAGUGAAUCUCUUCCAGAGAGACCAGGAGAACCUGAUUGUCCUUACUACAUGAAGACACAGAAAUGUAAGUUUGGAAUUCGUUGUAAGUUCAACCAUCCAAAGGAAAAUGGAAAUGCUUCUGCAGGUGAACUAGGUGCAGAGCUGCAGGUUUCUGAAACUGCUGAUAUCUCAAUCUUACCUGAGAGGCCAUCUGAGCCAGUUUGCACUUUCUACAUGAAAACUGGAAAAUGCAGUUUUGGCACAAGCUGCAAGUUUCAUCAUCCAAAGGAUCUUCAAAUACUAUCAAACAUACAAGAUAGUGUGAGGCAUGGACAGCUAGAACCACAAGGGCAGAAUAGCAAGACAUAUGUUCCCUUCACCCCUGCAUUAAUGCAUAAUUCAAAAGGAUUGCCCAUUCGUCCGGGUGAACCAGAUUGCCCAUUUUACCUCAAAACUGGAAGCUGCAAAUAUGGUUCUACUUGUCGCUACACUCAUCCUGAAAGAAUCAUUAAUCCAUCAUUGGUGGCUGGUCUGGGACAAAGUUUUCUGCCUUCUGCAGCAGCCAAUCUUUCAUUUGGUGGCCUAAAUCCUGCUGCUAAUUUUCUUCAGAAUAUUGAUCUGCGGUCAGCCCAAGCAUCGAUCAGUGUCAUCCCAACAAUCUAUCCUCAAAGGCCUGGGGAAUUGGAAUGUGAUUUCUAUAUGAAGACUGGACAGUGCAAAUUUGGAGAAAGAUGCAAGUUUCACCACCCUAUUGACCGGUCAGCACCAACUUCAGUAUUGAAGCAGACUCCUCAGCAAACAGUAAAGCUUACUCUUGCUGGGUUGCCACGAAGAGAGGGUGCAGUUAUAUGUUCCUUUUACAUGAAGACAGGCACAUGCAAGUUUGGCGCUGCAUGCAAGUUUGAUCACCCUCCUCCAGGGGAGGCUAUAGCCAUGGCAACCAUUCAAGGAACUGCUGAGGGAGAGGAAACGAAAGAUGCACCAGAGGUUCAGCAAUAGAAGCCCAUGGCACGGCGCCCUGCCUGGCAAUCUGUCAUUUAGGGACUGCAUUUUGAAUUCUGUAGACGUUGCUGCUCCCAGUCAUCUGAUGAACUCUGAACAACUGUACUGGUUAUUUUGGUAAUGCUAAUGUGGUUGUGCGACGUAGUUUCA